CAGGAAGGACCGAGCCCGCGUCACGCCCCUUAGCCCCCACCGAGUCCCUUCUCUGUUGCCGCGUCCGAAUAGGGUUCCCGGAAUCAGACGGUGCCCCAUAGAUGGCCACCUUUUCCCCCGAGGGUUAACAAGAAAGAGAUCGUGAGAUCACGUACUGUAGGGGAACUUUUAGCUCCGGCAGCUCUUUUUGACAAGAAAUGUGGUGGUGAGAACUGGACUGUGGCUUUUGCUCCAGAUGGUUUCUACUUUGCAUGGUCCCAAGGAUAUCGCAUAGUGAAGCUUGUCCCGUGGUCCCAGUGCCUUAAGAACUUUCUUUUACAUGGUUCCAAGAAUGUUGCCAAUUCAAGCUGUCUAAAAUUGACAAGACAAAAUAGUACUGGUGGUCAGAAAAAUAAGCCUCGUGAACACAUUAUAGACUGUGGAGACAUAGUCUGGAGUCUUGCUUUUGGGUCUUCAGUUCCAGAAAAACAGAGCCGUUGUGUUAAUAUAGAAUGGCAUCGCUUCCGAUUUGGACAGGAUCAGCUACUCCUUGCCACGGGAUUAAACAAUGGUCGCAUCAAAAUCUGGGAUGUAUAUACAGGAAAGCUCCUCCUUAAUUUGGUAGACCAUGUUGAAGUGGUCAGAGACUUAACUUUUGCUCCAGAUGGGAGCUUUAUCCUUGUAUCAGUUUCAAGAGACAAAACUCUUCGCGUGUGGGACCUCAAAGAUGAUGGAAACAUGAUGAAAGUGUUGCAGGAACAUCAGAACUGGGUGUACAGCUGUGCAUUCUCUCCCGAUUCUUCCAUGCUGUGUUCAGUUGGAGCCAGUGAAACAGUUUUCCUUUGGAAUAUGGAUACAUACACCAUGAUAAGGAGACUAGAAGGGCAUCAUCAUGAUGUUGUAGCUUGUGACUUUUCUCCUGAUGGAGCUUUGCUAGCUACUACAUCUUAUGAUACUCGUGUGUAUGUCUGGGAUCCACACAAUGGGGACAUUCUGAUGGAAUUCGGGCACCUGUUUCCCCUGCCUACUCCAAUAUUUGCUGGAGGAGCAAAUGACCGAUGGGUACGAGCUGUGUCUUUCAGUCAUGAUGGACUGCAUGUUGCAAGCCUUGCUGACGAUAAAAUGGUGAGGUUCUGGAGAAUUGAUGAGGACUGUCCAGUACAAGUUGCCCCUUUCAGCAAUGGUCUCUGUUGUGCCUUUUCUACCGAUGGCAGUGUUUUAGCUGCUGGAACACAUGAUGGAAGUGUUUAUUUUUGGGCCACUCCAAGGCAAGUCCCUAGCCUUCAGCAUCUAUGUUGCAUGUCAAUCCGAAGAGUGAUGCCCAUCCAAGAAGUCCAGAAACUUCCGGUUCCUUCCAAAGUUUUGGAGUUUCUCUCCUACCGGGUUUAGAAGGAAGACUGCCUGUCCUGGUGGGGCCUAACAGACACUCUUCACAAGACAGCACCUCGAGCUUUACCAACUUAAGCGUUUGUUCUAGAAGCUCGGAAGAUUAUUUAAUUUGAUUGACUCUUCAUUUCUUUUGUUAGUUGAACUUUUAAAGUAUUAUUUAUAGACCAUAGAAAUACUUCU